GACCCAAAAGCUGGUGGCUAAGGGUAGACCGUUGGAGUCACUUGGCUUGGCCCGAUGGCUCUAUCCUCUCUUGGCUUGGCUUCCCACGAGGCCUCCCGACUUUUGCCUCUCUCCCAGCAGCUUCCGACCCCAGGUCUGGCUGUGCCUGAGCCGCGGCCAGGAUCUGGUGGCAGAGAGGUGGCGUUUGUUCGGAGAGUUCCCGGACUGCUCCCAGAUCGCCCGGGCCAUGGGCGAUGGAGACGGCUGCCUCUUCCUGGACGUAGGCGCCAACCUCGGGGGCUGCUCGCUGCAGCUGGCGCGCCAGGGCUUCGCCGUGCUGGCGCUGGAGCCGGGGAGGGAGGCCGCGCGCUGCUGGGCGCGGCGGCGGAAAGGAACGGCCUGCAGCGGCUGAAGGUGCGGCAGGCGGCGGCGGGGGCGGAGCAGGGCCGCGCGCGGCUGCGGUGCCGGCACAGCGCCACCUGCCAGGUGGUUGCAGAUGGACUCGAUGCGGAGGUGGAGAUGGUGACGCUGGACGCGUUGACCCGAGGGAGGCCCCCCUGCGCUCUGAAGCUCGACGUGGAAGGCUCCGAGGAGGAGGUGAUUCUGGGGGCUUCGGAGACCUUGGGAAGGCGGCCCAAGCUCUUUUUGGAGCUCCACGCCUUCGAGCUGCGGCAGCGCGGCAGCUCCAGCGGCCGCGUCGUGGACCGGCUCCUGGCGGACCUGAAGUACACCAAGGUGGAGACUUUGUUCCCUGAUGCCUGCCUGGAGAGCGGGCAGGGCGUGCCGAAGGGCAACGGCAGCUACCCGGCCUCGCGCUGGGACUCUGCCGAGGCCUUUCUGCCGCCCACCACAGAGGCGCAGCCCUGCGCCUGUGCGCGCCGGUGCUGGCGGGAGCUGCGCCCAGGCGAGGCUGCGGGCUGUCGGUGCUGGGACUUCGGCGCGGGGAGGUGUCAGCUCUACAGGAGCUGCCACCCGCCGGCCCAGCCCAUCUCGGAGACGGAGAGCUUUGCGGGGGAGUGGAACUUAAACCUCGUGCUGUCGGCGGGCUCUCCGGCUUCGGACAAAAUGGUUUCGCGGCUGGCGGCUGGUCGCGCCUGUUGCGUCCAGGGAUCGCCUCAGCUGUAA